AUGUCAGACAGCGAGAGCGACGCAAAGCUCACCGUGCCCAAAUUCUCCUCAUUCAAAGCCAAGGAUUCCGCGAGAGCUAUAGAGGCUGAUGGCGGCAAAGAGCAACAUGGCGAAAGAAGCUCAUCCAGGGAAGCACACCGAGAUAAGCGUCAUCGCUCUCGCCAUAGCCGCGACUUUCGCCGGAGAGAUGAACGUGACUGCCGACGCCGAGAGAGGCUACUUGAACCACGGCAAGGCCCACGGCAAGAUUCAAAGCCUCCGCCUGAAAGAAGUGCCUCGUCGGUUUUCGUUGUUGACACCAAGGGGGACCGUUUCAUAUCCAAGUAUGGCCUUGACCGCGCCAAAGUCCCAGCAUACCACCGCUACGGGGGUGGCAGAGUCCUCGGUACCGCCGGCAGACUAGUCAUCCAUCGCGACGGCCCAAGGGAUCAAUUUAGCCUUCGCUUCCCGGGGGAGGGUCUAGGACUUUCAGACAAGGACGGACUGCGGUCCAGGUCGUUUCGUCCAACACGGGAUCCAAUCAGACUACGGGCCAGGGCGUCAGCGUAUGAUGAGGAUGACGCAUUUCUGUCAGUGGGGAGCUCCAAAAAGAGGAAGCAAGGUGUCCGAGAUUCCGAGUCGGAAGAAGAUGAGGGCCCAUCGUACAGAUCUAUCGAAGGAAAAGCCAAGGCGCAGGCGGCAUUUGAAUGGGACCAAGACAGCUCCGAGUCCGAGGAUGAGGUGGUGGACCUGGAGCACGACAACCCGCUACGGUGGAAAUCUAUUCAGCUGAACAGGCAGGUCAAGGACCACCCCGGAAACAUCGACGCUUGGAUGGAAUUGGUAGACCACCAAGAUGACCUGCAACGGGCGGGUGAGGCUAUCGAUGAGCGAACGUCAGCUAGCACGGCACACAGUUUCUCGGAGGUUAAAGUUGACAUGCUUCAGUCGGCUCUUUCCAAUGCCGUUGUGCCUGAGGACAGACAAGUUGUGCUUGUCCGUCUUAUGCGUGAAGGGACGAAGAUCUGGCCGAGCAAGCUUUCUGCAAAGAAGUGGUCUGAAAUCGAAAAGGACGAAGAGGACAACUUUGAGCUGUGGAGGGCGCAUGCAGACUUUGCCACGUCAAACAUUGCCACGUUUCAGUACGAGGAUGUCAAGCAAAUGCUACUGGACAGGUUGCACGCUGCCCUGUCUCGGGCUGACACACAAGACAAAGACUACGAGGAAGCCAUAUAUGUAUUUUUGCGGAUAACAAGAUUGAUGCAUGACUCUGGAUACAAGGAACUAGCCGUGGCCGCGUGGCAAGCUUUGCUGGAGUUUAACUUCUUCAAAAGUGGCUCAGAGACCCGCGGAACUGCCAUGGACGCGUUUAGAGACUUCUGGGAGAGCGAAGUCCCACGGCUAGGAGAGGUUGAUGCUAAGGGCUGGAAACACUACAUGGCAACCGGUGGACGAGUGGACGUUCCAGAGCCUCACAGGGACAAUCCAGUGGCGAAUACUUCGACAAGAGAUGCCUACAAGGCGUGGGCGCAUUCCGAGGUGUGCCAUGCUCAAAAGGCGAAAUUGCCUGCGAGGACUUUGGAUGAUGGCACAGAGGAUGAUCCUUUUCGUGUAGUCAUGAUUUCCGAUAUUGAACCUUUGUUGUUCACGGUGCCGGAUGAGUUGUUGAGAAGCGGACCGGGAAAGCUUCUCAUUGACGCCCUGCUGAUAUUCUGCGGAUUACCACCAUUCUUUCGCUCCGUACCCCUGGCAGAACUUGCCUUUGACGACCAGUUCACUUCAAGAUCUACCGUUACAUGCACAGAUGUGCCACAGGCAACAGUAUCAGAUGAGCACGAGGAAGUUCGGAGGAAGCCUCCAUCAUUCUCUAGAGUACUCAAUGCAACGAUGUCCCCUGGCCUCCUCUUUGCUGGGCCGGACUGGUUCCAGUCUUUCGGCUCAUCCCUGACGAAUCUUGCGGUGGAGGAGUCGUUUGUGAGAAACCUGCUCAAGCAGUUGGUUCACGAGGCAGACGUAGAGAGCCUAGCUCUGUACUAUCUUGGAUUUAGCUUCGCGACCGAACCUUUGUCCGUUAAAAAACCUGCAAAGGCAUUGUUGAAGAAAUACCCGAACAAUGCUGAGCUUUACAACGCAUACGCUCUAGCGGAGUUUGCCAACAAAAACAUGGAUGUCGGGCAAAAAGUGCUCGUGUCGGCAAUGGAGGCGCCAUCGCUACGCGUCGGCGCCUCAGGAUUCCAGCUCCACCAGUCGCGAAGCUUGCAAGAGUUGAAAGCAGGGAACAAGACGCUGGCCACUGCGCGGAUGUGCUCUGCUGUCGAAAAGUCGUUGCCCCAGGCCCAGAUGGACCUUGGCAGCACCUCACCAGCAGUCAUUCUCAAGACAAGACAAGAGUUGGUCGCAAAUAUUCACCAGUGCUUGUACAAAGGGAGAGCCGAUGAUGCCGCGGUCUUUGUCGAAGGUCUGACUCUGUUGUCGUACUUGACAGAUGAAGGGAAUGUCGAGCCGACAUCAAACACCCAGGGCAAUAUCUCCGCCGCCAUGAAUACCGUCGAGGCAAUGUCCGCAGAAUGGAAGGCGCGCGGGGAUGCAAACACCCGUUCACACGAGCGCAUACUCCAAUUCGGCGCGGAACUGUUGUACCUGAAUGCAACACGAGGUCCCUUUCGAAGGAUCUACCUCCGCGAACAGCUAUACAAGUUCCUCGACUUCUUUCCCCGGAACUCAAUCUUUCUCUCGCUCACAGAGUGGGCCGACUCGAGCUUGCGCGUCAUUGACGAGACUCGCCAAAUGCUCCAUGACAAGAUGCUCAUCAAGGGACGCGACUGUGUGACAACUCGAGUCUUUUCCAUCGAGCAUGAAAUAUCGCGUGGGAACACGGACACUGCGAAAGCGGCGUUUGAGCAUGCUUUGUCGAGUGACACCUGCAAGACAAACAUUGGACUGUGGACAGCAUAUCUGCGCUUCAGCCACGCGCACAAGGAACUGCGACCGAAAGUGAAGGACUUGUUUUACCGGGGGCUGAGGCACUGCCCGUGGUCAAAGGACAUCAUGAUGGAGGCGUUUUGCAGCCUCAUACGGGAAAUGAAGUCGGAUGAAUUACGGUCCGUGUACAACACUAUGACGGGGAAGGGACUGAGGCUGCACUUGGAUCUGGAGGAGUUUGUAGAGCGAUGGCGGAAAGACAGGCAAGGCGGAGACGAAGGAUGA